AUGUCUGCACCUCGAAAAGGCUUUCGGCAAGUUCGGAUCAUGAUCUCGGCUGGAGCAAGGGUCCUCUACGACCCGACUUCAGAAGCGAUGGCUUUUGCAGACUUCUCGUGGCCAGGGGAUGCCAAUGCAGUUACCGCUUUGGACCGUCUCUACGACACGGUGAAGUCGAUUGCAGGUCCGAUGGCUGCCGAGGCUUUUCAGGAAGGCUACCAGAGCGCACAGAGGAGUCGUCACAGACCUUCCGUUGCGGACAUCUUCCAAUACCCAUCUGCGUUCUGUCAAGCGGCGGAUCCCGUGAGCGAGGUAGAGGCGGCCUCUUCUGGCUCAGAGUCCGAGGAGGAGCAGCGUGAGCAGAAGGCAUCGGAACAGUGCAGCCGUGAGGGAUUUGCAAUGGAGACCUGGGUCAGCGGAGGCCGCGCGCAGAACUUGGCACAUCACUCACGGCUCUACCGGCAAGAGUCUGAGUUCGUGGAAAUUCAUUUGCAUUUGAUGGGGCAUCCCAGCCAAGAUGCUGCUCUGCAGAUACCCGACCGAUCCAUGUUUGCACGUAGCAUUCAGAAGUUCAUCAAAGAGCUAGGGCCUCUUGGCUAUGUUGACCUUGCAGAGGCAGUUCAAGCAAUUCUAGCGAUUGCAAUCGCCAAACCAAAAGGUUUCGGCGACCUGCGAAGGGCUCUCACAUGCUGUUACAUGCUGGAUAGUUGGGAAGUAUGGACCCUGGAGAGUUUCGAAGUACGUACUGUAGCGCAGACGUUUGUCCAGAUGUUCUUGCCCUGCAUUCAGUUUCCACUGCCGACGGACAACCGUUGGGGCCAAGAGUCCUGGCAAGAGGAUUCUGGAACUGGCUGGGGCCAAGAAUCUUGGCAGCAGGACUCUCGAGGGUCUGGGUGGCAAGACAGCCGCCAGGAGGAGCCUCCCUCUGACCCGUGGGCCAGCUACCUGGCCAACAAGGGCAAGGCAGAGGAGGCAGACUCAUGGAGCUCGCAGGGCAACCACAGAAGUGGCCACCGACAGGAGGCAGACCAGUGGAGCUCGCAGGGCAACCACAGGGGUGGCCACCGACAGGAGGACGAUCGUUGGGGCAGCAGCCGGGGACAGGAGGAUCACCAUGGCAGUUACAACGACCGUGGUGGUAGACAGGACAGCUGGGGAGGUUCUCGUGGACGACGGUCACACAACGAGGACAGCUGGCAGGACGACUCCUGGAACCAUCGCCAGCAGGAUAGUGCCUGGAAUCAUGGGCAGCGCCAGGAUGACCGCUCGCGACAGAGCCGGGGCCAGGACAACCGUGGUGGCGGCCGCGGCCAGGCCUCCCAGAAUGAUUGGCACAGCAGAAACGGCCGCCAGCAGGAGGAUUUGUGGGAAGCCAAUUGGGGCCAGGACAACCGGCGCUCCGGACGACAAGAAGAGGACCGGGGUGGCUGGUCGGCCUGGGACAGACCACCCCGAAAUGAGGAUUCAAGCACCCACGACAGCUGGAACCGUGACAAUCGGCAUGACGACCACCAAGCCUGGGGACAGAACUCCUGGGACAAGGAUGCCUCCGAUCCCUGGGCUAACUGGGACAACUCCGGAGGCGGUCAGGACCCGGCAGAUGAUAAUGCUGGAGGCUUUGGCAAAUCUCGCUUGCUGGGCUUCUUGAGCGCGAAGGACAAAGACUGGGAUGGCGUCAAUCAGUGGGCCACGCAGCUCUUGGAGCAGGGGGACGUGGACUGGACCACCAGGCCGCAGAUCGAAAUUACGAAAGACUUCUACCAGGAGAUCGGAGACGACAGGGCAAAGUCUCGCAGUAAGGAGGAGAUCGAUCAGCAGCGAACGACGAGCGGCAUCGAAAUCGUGGAAGGGGACAGUGACGAAUGCCCAGUCCCUGGCCUGUUCAACAGCUUCGACGAGAUGCACUGGCCGUCUGAGUUGCAAGACUCUUUGGUCGAAGAGUUUGAGGCGCCUACCCCCAUCCAAAAGCAGAUCUGGCCUUUGGCGUUGCAAGGCCGAGAUGUGGUUGGCAUCGCAGAGACAGGAAGUGGUAAGACGGUGUCCUAUGUCCUGCCCAUGAUCAUCCACAUCUCUCGCCAGGAGGAGCUGGAAGCUGGCGACGGCCCGGUCGGUCUGGUCCUUGCCCCGACGCGAGAGCUCGCCAAGCAGAUCGAGAGAGUCUGCCAGAAGUAUGGGUCGCUGAAACGGCUUGCGUCCGCCACCAUUGUUGGUGGCAUGAAGACGAGCGACCACAAGGAGCUCCUUCAGGCCAGGAACGACAUCAUUGUGGCCACUCCCGGUCGAUUCCUGCAGGCGCUGGGCGAUGAAUGGACAAAGCUGAAUCGAUGCACGUUCGUUGUCUUGGAUGAGGCGGACGAACUCCUUGAACACAAGGGCUUCGGCGGCGAAAUCAGGGCCAUUCUGACCCAAGUGCGCAAGGAGCGGCAAGUCCUUAUGUUCAGUGCCACUUGGCCCGAGGCCGUGAAGGACCUCGCCCGAGAGAUAUGCACUGCAUCAGAUGGCCAACCACCCGUCCACAUUCGCAUCGGCGGGACGAGGUUAGCAGCAUGCAAAAGCAUCGUCCAGAGGGCUGAGAUCGUCGACGACGACGUGGUCAAGUUCGAAAGGCUGAAAGAGAAGCUGGACGAGAUGGGCAUUUUCCAGGAAGGCUCCGCAGACAAGUGCAUCAUCUUCUGCAGGAGCCGCAAUGCUGUCAUCAAGCUGAAAGACAUGCUUUCAAACGAACACAUGGUUUGGAGAGGCGACAGCGACUGCCUCGUAGAAGAGCUACAUGGCGAAAUGCAGCAGACCAACCGUGAUUGGAAUAUGCAGCAGUUCCGCGACGGAUCACUGCCAUGCGUCGUGGCAACCGGAGUUCUGGCACGGGGCCACGACAUCCCUCAGGUCAAGUAUGUGGUGAACUACGACAUGCCAAAGAUGGCAGAAGACUACAUCCACAGGGUGGGCCGCACCGGACGAGCGGGCCACACCGGCUACGCCUUCACUUUUGUGAAUCGUUCCAGCUGGCAGGAGCUGCAGUGGGGCCACGAGUAUCUCCUAGGAGUACUUGCAGCCACGGAGCAGAACGUUGACGAGACCCUGCAGGAGGCCAUCGACGCCCACCGGAAAGCGGCUGAGUCGAAAGAUGAGUGGUGGGAGGAGGCUGGCGCCAAAUGGAAUUCCAGCUCAGGAGACGCAGUAGAUGCUGCGGGGGAGGUCCUCGAUGUAGAGUUCGACGAAGGAGCAGGCGAAAUCCAAGAGGCCAAAGACAUGUCGAAUGACGACAUACUGCAGCUUGCGAGGAGCAUGGUUGGGGAGUACACGUGGCACUCUGUGUACAACGGCCAGACGGCAUACAAGAAGACAGCGUCAUCGAACGGCCAUGAAAUGUUUCUGUACUAUUUCGACGACGGAGAGGAUCCCCAGUCAGUGGGCUGGUACAUCGGCUCAGAGAUUGCUGGUGACGGGGUCUUUGCAUGGUCUGCAAGCCUGGAGACCGGAUGGCACGUCCCUUUCAACCAUGAGGAUGUGGCUGCUGGAUUCACAGUGAAAAGAAGGCAGGCGCAGGCGCGGGAGCAUGGAACACCUCGGAUCAACAGGUGUCAGCAAGAGUUUGUCUGGCAGGAGUACUACGACGCUGGCCAUGGUUCGAGUGCAGCCGACUUUGUGCAGGCUUACCAAGCGCAAGCCGGUGUCAGCGAUCCGAAGGCACGUGCGGAUGGCACGACGGAGCCCAGCACCUUGAACUCCAGUGCCCUGGAGUUCACCCCACUGGAAUACCAGAACCAGGCCAAGGGCCGACUGGUACGCUGCCCAGGAUGCUUCGGCCCCAGCGGUGUACUGAAGCGGAGGGAGCGUUUGGCAGAGCGAGGCUGUUUCCAGGGAGACAUUCCGGCGGAGAUGGAUCCAGCGGCCGCGGUGGUGGGCUAUGACUACGUCCAACCCCUGCCCGUGUUGAACCAGAAGUUUGCCGUAAGUGUGGUACGGAUUGUCAGCUUGACCGCAGCUGUGAUGUCGCUGACGUUGCAGGAGCAUUACGCAGCAGCGGACAUGUCACAGGCGUACUACGACCAGAACGGAUACGGCGACGAAUCGGCAGCGAUGUACGAUCAGGCUGCCGCCUUUGAUCAGAGCGCCUUCUACGACCCUGCAGCGACGUACGAGGCCGCAGAAAUGUCGGCUUUUGCAAACAACACCCAGCGACCGCCACCUGGGCUCGAGGAGGAGAACGUCAUUCCUGCCACCGGUUGCGAAGUAGAGGCCGAGCCGUUUGUCCUGGCGCAGGACGAAGUGGCAAUGCAGGCGCAGCCGCAUCCCCUGAAUGGCAAGGAACCCGAAGAGCCAUCCGAGACGUCUCCGGAUCAGGAGUGCUCUCGAACUGGGUUGGUGGACUUUGACGAAGCCGAGGAGCCAGCGGACGACCCUGAGUGCCAGGUUGCCAAACCAGAGGAGCAGGCCCUGCUGUCUUCCUUGCUUGCCCAGACAGAACCCGAGCAAGUCUCCACAGAGGAGCCGCCCGUGGAGGCAGAGUUGAAGCAGGCUGUGGAGGGAGAAGAUGGCCCUGUGACGGCUCCAGAGGCCCAGAGCUCGGUGCAGCAGGAAAUGAACACCUCCACGGCGAACGCAGAAGCGGAGGCUGUGACGGGAGCAUCCCGCCGAGCAGCCGGCCGAGCCCACAGUGACUCCCGCAACUGCGAGAGCGCCUCUGCACAUCUGACGCAGACUGGCACGGCUGAGAAGCCUCUGGAUUUGGAGCCUGCUGCCGAAAAGGCCAUUCCCGACUUGCAACAGCUGCACAGCUGCUGGGGUUGGAGCACCUUCUGGGACGGGACAGGCCAGGACCACGAGGCAAAAGUCGAGGCCGUACCCGAGAACUGCGAGGUCUUCAACAUCGACAAGAACCCCGCGCCGGCCAAGACAGAGGCCGCCGAGGCCGCCGAGGCCGCGGAGCCUUCGCCGGAGACCGAGGAGGGUGCGGCUCCGAAAGAGGAGGCCCAGGCCACACAGGAGCAGACCGAGGAGGCAUUUGACCUUCUAGCAGAUUCAGUGCUUCGGCAGGGGAUGCUUUGGUCUGUUGAGUUCGAAGGUGGCCAUGGCUUCCGCUGA